CGCAUCGGCCGUCGCCACCGAAAGUCACCAACUCGAUCUCUUUCGAGCUCGACUUGGCAACAAACACAUCUAUAUUAACUACUUGCCCCAGCGAGCCUCUCUUGCCUAAAAGGCCGCGCAUAAGAUGCAAGGCUUCAACCGCUACAUCCCGCCAGACUUCGACCCGAAGAAGACGUCCACGCUCAACGCGUACCAGGGCAAGAAGCAUGCGCUGGGCAAGCGCGCCAAGGACAUUGACAAGGGGGUGUUGGUCGUGCGCUUCGAGCUCCCGUUCAACAUCUGGUGCGGGACGUGCAACAACCACAUUGGCGCUGGAGUCCGCUACAACGCGCAGAAGCGCAAAGUGGGCAACUACUACUCGACGCCCAUCUACGCGUUCCGGUGCAAGUGUCACCUCUGCUCGGGGUGGUUUGAGAUCCGGACCGACCCGCAGAACGCGGCGUACGUCGUGUCUGAGGGCGCGCGGAAGCAGGAGAGUGACUGGGAUCCGGUCGAGAAUGGCGGACACGCAGUGUACGACACCGAAGCCCCCUCCGCAGCGCCCAACCCGGACGGAACGCCACUAGCCGACCCCUUCGAGAGCCUAGAGAAGGACACGGACCAGCGGUCAGCGGAGCGCGCGAAGAAGUCGCGCCUCACGGAGCUGUAUGACGACUCGGCGCGGCGCAGUGCGGACCCGUACGCCGUGUCCCGCGCGCUGCGGGACCGGUUUAGGGUGGAGAAGCGCGAUGCGCUCGCGAAGCAGGCCGCAGACGAGGGCGUGAAAGAGAAGUACGGGCUGGGGGAGGACGUGGUCCUUGGCGACGAGUGGGAGGUGCUUGAUGAGUGGACGGCCGCGCGGGCCGAAGCUCCCCCCUCGGUCGACGACGGCCUCAGCCUCGGUGAGCGGAUACGCAAGAACACGCGCACCAAGUACGACGUGUUUGAUGCUGAGCCUGUCGGGCGGGUACGCUUGCCUCGCGCGGGCAUGAAGCGCAAGGCGGAAGACGCGGCCGAGGCAACACCCCCAGCGCGGCCACCGCCGCCACCGGCCGCUGGCCUCGGCGGGCUCGCAGGCUACGGCAGCGGCUCCGACUCUGACUAGACUGUAGAACUGUAGCACCACCACCACUGUAACUAUCACGUAUACAUUAUUGGCAGAUUACAAUGCUGUCUAACUAGCUCUAUUAUACAUCAUCAGAGGUUGGGCUUGGGGUCGGGCGUGGGCGCGGCGCAGGGCGUGUCGUCCGCGCCGAGCGCGAGACGGUCCAUCAGGCCCGCGAUGUCGGGGGUACGGUCGGCCGCCUCAGCCGGGGGCGCAGCAUCUGCCCCUGCGACAGGGGCCGGCGCGCCGAGCGCGACCUUGACGCCGAGGACGGGCGCGGCGGGCGCGUCCCAGAUGACUUCGCCCGGCUUGCCCAUCCAGGGCCACCGCCUGUAGCCCUUGGCG